CGGGAGGGUUAAGGCGCCGAGCGGGGCGUUCGAGGAGGGUGUCGUGGGCGCGGCUGCCGGCCAUGACGCUGCCGGUCUUCUUCGGGUGCGCCUUCGUGGCCUUCGGGCCGGCGCUAGCGCUCUUCCUGCUGACGGUGGUGGGCGAGCCGCUGCGGGUCAUCAUCCUGAUCGCGGGGGCCUUCUUCUGGCUGGUGUCGCUGCUGCUCUCCUCGCUUGUCUGGUUCGUAGCGGCCAAGGCCAGCGAUCCGGCCGACCAGGCGCUGCAGCGGGGGCUGCUGGUCUUCGGCGUGCUCUUCUCUGUGGCGCUGCAGGAGGCCUUCCGCUUCCUCUACUACAAGCUGCUCAGGAAGGCAAUGGAGGGGCUCCUUGCCCUCAGUGAAGAUGGCUGCUCCCCCAUCUCCAUCCAGCAGAUGGCCUAUGUGGCUGGCCUGGGGUUCGGACUCAUGAGCGGGGCCUUCGCCAUGAUCAACCUGCUGGCAGAUUCUCUGGGGCCUGGCAUCGUGGGCAUCCACGGAGACUCCCAGCUCUACUUCUUGACUUCAGCCUUCAUGACUCUGGUGUUGAUCCUGCUGCACACCUUUUGGGGCAUCAUCUUCUUCCAUGGCUGUGAGACACGGCGCUGGGGGGAGGUGGCAGCUGUGGUCCUUUGCCAUCUCACCGUCUCUGCCCUUACCUUCUGGAACCCGGUCUACUUGGGCAGCCUUUUGCCAGCAUACCUGCUCAUGGUGGCCAUGGCAGUGUGGGCUUAUCAUCUCUCCGGAGGCUCCAAAAAGAACCUGCAGCACUUCCUCCUGUGCUUACGGACUGCACCCCAGGCAGGAUCCUGAGCCUUCCAGCCACCUUGCCAGGAAGCUGGGCCCCAGGCUUUCCGGAGGGCAUCGGAUGAUUGUACCCUUGGAACACCGGGGCCGAAGAUGGGACUAGGGCUGUGGAACGGCUGCCCUCAACCAGCCCCAGGAAAUCUGUCUGCCUGGUGCCGUCCUCUUGAAUCUCGCUGCAUCUCCCCUUUGGCUCCUGAUACUUGUUGGGGUGGGAGGGGAAAAGGUGUGUUGGCUGAGCAGCCAGGCGAUCUAUAGGCGCAGAGAAAGUGUCCUUGAUCUGCUGCUGCUCUCAGGAAGAGGGGUGGGGGUGGGGAGCACCCAGUCUUGCGUUGCUUGAAAGCCAGGAGCAGAAGCUGAACAGAGCUGUGGCUUCCCUUCUUAAGUAGUACCAAUAAAGAGACUGGCUAAAAGCUUGUGUUUGUUCGGGGGUAUGGGGCCCAGGGCAGAUGGCCUUGGCCUCCUGUGAGGUCCUUGCUUGGUCAGCUGGUGUGGCCAUAACUGUGCAAAAGGGCCAACUGCCAUCAACAUGGUGAGCUGGGUGGAUGAGUAGAGAGCCUCUGGGGGCUUCUGAGACGGCAGUGAUCAAGUCAACAUCUUGGGGAGCCUCUGGGACAGAGGUGGGGGGGACGCAGCGUAGUGAUCUCAAAAGAGCCUGUGGAGGGGAGCCAUGGCUUGAUGUAAGCCAAUCCUCUGUGGUUUGUUUCAGGUUUAGUGUAUUGCAUGAACUGCAGCCAGGUUGAUUCUGCCACCGUUCUGUCCUGUCCCCAACUGUCUUUUAAGUCCCUUCAAUCUUGCUUUGUUGGCUUUUGUUUCUGGCCCCCAUCUCAUCCAAUGUGGGGCAUCAUUGGCUUCCUUGAAGCAAGUCGCCUUCUGGCACCCUUGCUGGCACUGGAGGCUUUGCAGGGCAGGCACCAUGGGGGGGCUUUUGUUGCAGGGUACCAAUGCUGACAGCCUUAAGUUGGCACAAGCACCUUGGUAAGCUCAGUCUCCUCCCCCCCCUUCCUCUGGCAUUGAGAAACAUGCCCCCCCCACGCUGGUUGUCAACUUAAAGCCUCAAUUGGGAUGAGAGUUUUGAUUGCUAAGUGACGUGUCCAAUUGUGCAACCUUUUUGCCACAAUGGUUAAGUAAAUCAUUGCAGUUGUUAUGUGGCUGUUAAACUAAUCUGGCUUCCCUGUUGACUUUACUUGGCAGGGAAGGUUCCCAGCGGCAAUUUUGUGAUGACGCAACCAUUAUGAAUACGUGCCAGUUGCCAAGUGCUGAAUUUUGAUCAUGUGACUGUGGUCAUUGUAACUUCAGACACUUGCUAAAUGAGUAGCGCAGCAUUAGCAAUAGUACUUAGACUUAUAUAUCACUUCAGUUCUAGUCAGCCUAUUGUCCCUAACAAUCUGGGUCCUCAUUUUACCCACCUUGGAAGGAUGGAAGGCUGAGUCAACCUUGAGCCUGGUGAGAUUUGAACUGCCAAAUUGCAAGCAAGCAGCCAGCAGAAGUAGCCUGCAGUACUGCUCUUAACCACUGCGCCACUACGGCAAUGAAUGGUUGUAAAUCGAGGAUUACCUGUAAAUGUAAGACUUAUUUUCCUCUAAGAAUCUGCUACUUCCCUUUUAUAAUAUUCAAGCCAUCUUGUGGCAGUCAGUUCCAAAGGAGAAUUAUGUGGCAUCUUCUGAAGCCCUUCUUUUCUUACAAUAGGCCAAACGGAAGAUGCCAACAGCCCUGGUGGUUUGGACUUUAGCAUUAUGAGACCUCUUCAUAGUUCAUGCACCAUUCUAAUUUUUUUUCCUGUACAUCUCUCCGGGGUAUUUUUUUUAAUUGGCCUGAUCGGGUGGCACUUUUACUCAGAGCUUGGAAGGAAGGGGCAAGUCAUCCUUUGCUGCAGCUGCUUCCCUUCACCCACCCACCCGCCUGCAGACUGGGUAGGGGCCUUUGGUAGCCUCAGCUUCUGCAGAUGGAGGAAUCCCCUGUAAAAUCAUAGGGGGACGGAAGCUCUGAUUCACAAGCUGAUUCCUCCCUCUGCCUUGCCUAUUUUCCCAGACCACUUUGGCAGACGCAACCAAUGCCGUAUUCUGCCCCGCACAUUUGCUUUGCAAGGGGCUGCCUCCCAACAACUCUGUGUUGUUUAAAGGUCAUGUUGGAAUGGCUUGGGGAAAGUAGCACAUUCCAAAAUAAAUCUUUUUUAGAA